AUGGCGACAGUAUCAUCAGUUCAAGCAACUGUACUUGACAUUUUUUCGGCGUAUCUUAAUAUUAAAAACACAAACAUUUUAAUAAUGACAGCUCUGGAUUAUAUUACAUGUGUCCUGCAAUAUCUUCAUUCUACAGGAUCAGAAAAUGAAUCAAUGAUUCCAUCAUCGAAUGUGACGAUGGCUUCAACAGCUUUGCAAAAUUUGUUAAAAUUGGAACGAAUGCUUCAUAAUUUAUUCGAUUCGGCUGAUUGUACUGAUCAACAUUUACUACAAAGGUUAACAUUACGUGAACGAACUCAGCAUUGCAUUGAUCGAUAUACAAAUUUAUCAUUUUUGAUGGAACCAUUAUCAACUGUUCUGAUUGAAGAACCAUUUUUUGAUUUUGAACAGAAAAUCCCACCAACUGAUCUUGAUCGUUUACUUGAAGCACCGGAAAUAACCGUACCUUGGAAAAAUUACACGGCAUCGAGACGAAGUUGUACUGAAGUUUAUUUAUCGUUACUGGAAGGUCUUACGGCUGUUACCUUUGUUUGUCCUGCAUCACUACAAUCAAAUUUACUGCGAACAAUCGCAGAUUUGAUAAAGGAUCAAGUGGAUACUAAAUUCGGUAUCAAUUUUGGCGCAUAUGGCUUAUCAGUCCUCGUUUUCCCAAUGCUACAACAAUGGAUGCGUAAAAAUGCGGCAAAACAUGAAAAUAAUUUGAAACAAGCAAUUGGAUUGUUCACAGAAGUUGUCAAGCAAUAUUUAAUACAAACAGAAAAUAACCUAUGGGUUAAUCGAACACUUUUUGAUACAUUAACUCUAUUAACGGAAUGCAUUACCUGUGCUACAAAUCGUAUUGCACGUUUGGGUUAUGCAUGUUUACGAUUUCUGAUUAAGUCUUCUAUUCAUUCGUUAACAACCGAAAGGUGGACAAUUAUCGUGCGGUCAUUAUGGAAUACAACAAAUUUAACUCUGGCACAUCUACGACUUUUAAUGCAGUAUUAUGUCGUUGAUUCAAAUGAUCCAAACGGAGAUCUUGGGAAUGUUUGUAUAACUGUUGUUGAAAAUUCAAAUUUUUCAUGUGAAACGUUAUUAUUGGCUCGACAGAUUUUCUUAAUGAAUGAACAGAUCUGUUCAGUGACAGAACCAGAGGAAACGAAGAAACGUGAUGUGGUACUUCGUAAUGACAAAGGAACAGAACAAAGGAUUCUUGGUGAUGAACUAGUUAGCACCCUUACCAGCCAUCAAUAUAUACUGGAAUUAAUUGGUACCUUACUAUUGAAUGGAAUCGAUUUGCCAGUAGAUGGACAAACUGCUGCAUUUUUGAAGAAAUUUGAUGAACAAGCCGAUAGUGACAACGAAUGUAAUUUGCAUAAACUAUCACCGGAUGAUAUUACUAUUCUGUUUCAUUGUUUGGAUGGGUCACUUUUAGUUGCAAGAAAUUUUGAUAAGCGUUCAGGCCUGAAAAUGCUUAUCCAAGGAUUGUAUGACUUUCCAGUACUUCCAAAUUUAUGCAAGCAAGCAGUCUUAGCUUGGACAAUACGUUCACUGACAAUGUAUGAAAUGGUACGAAAAUGUCCAUUGAAAAAAAAAACAAUCGUUGAAUGUCUAUCGUCAUCAGAUAGAAGCGAAAAAAAUGACAGAUAUUGCAUCAAACAACUUCAGCUAUGCCAUCGUGUAGUAUGUACGUAUUUAUGUUGCAUAGAGAAGAAAUUGUCAACGGAAGCUUUACGUCACUUAGCCAGAUCACACAUUACUCAGCAAAUUACUCUGAUCCGUAACGAUCCAAUGGAUGAAAAUUUGUACAAAUUGGUAUCUUGUGAGCAAGCCACCGAAAUCAUUUCUGAUUACAGACGUUUAAAAAUUGCGCAAACGUUAGUAUCACCAAAGAAACGAAGUAAUCCAUUCAAGGGUGAUAACGAACAGCAGCAAACCACUGCGGAAGAAAAACUAAUUCUCUCUGAUGGAGAAACACGAUGUUGCGCAUGGAUUGAAAUGUCUUUGGCAAUCCUGGAAGCAUCUUUGCAUGAGGAAAGUGAGCAGUUUGAGAAAUUUUUGCCCAUACUUUAUGAAAAUGCGACAAUACUUAUAUCCGGUUCAUCCAAUGUGCGAGUACGUGAAUUUGCUGGACGAUUCCUCCGUAAGCUCUCAAAUUUUCACCGUUUUCCAUGAUUUUCCUCAGUGUUUUUUUCCGUAACCAAAUUCUCAAACUUGAAAAUUUAGCCUUCCACGCCUUUCAAAUUGAUAAAAGUUUUCAAAACUA